ACGUUCACACGAACGAACACUCGCUCAUUUCCUCUCUUCACCGCCGGCAACACCAACCACCGCCGAUGGCCGUCGUCCGCCACCGCCGUCAACCCAACCUCCGCCUCCCGGAGCUCUCCGACCACCGCCCCCGCUUCACUCUCCCUCUCGCCCCCACCACAACCUUCAAAUCCUCCUCCGCCACCACCUCUACCACCGCCGGAGAUGCCAUCGUCCCCGGCGACAUUGAAAAGCUCGCCGUCCUCGGCAACGGCAACGGCGGCACCGUCUACAAAGUCCACCACAAGCCCACCUCCACCAUCUACGCUCUAAAAGUCGUCCACACCGGCUCCGACCCCACCACGCGCCGCCGUACCUUCGCCGAAAUCAACAUCCUCCGCCGCGCCUCCGACUGCCCCCACGUCGUCCGGUACCACGGCUCCUUCGAAAAACCCUCCGGCGACGUCGCAAUCCUCAUGGAAUACAUGGAAUCCGGCACCCUAGAAUCCACCCUUCAAUCCCACGGCACGUUCUCCGAACAACAACUCGCCGCGGUGGCGCGUGACGUCCUCCACGGCGUCGCGUACCUCCACGCGCGCAACAUCGCCCACCGCGACAUCAAGCCGGCAAACCUUCUCAUUAACAGCAAAAAUGAAGUUAAGAUAGCUGACUUCGGUGUUAGUAAGCUCAUGUGCCGCACGCUUGAAGCGUGUAACUCCUACGUCGGCACGUGCGCGUACAUGAGCCCCGAACGGUUCGACCCGGAAGCUUCUGGCGGGAAUUAUAACGGUUUUGCUGCUGAUAUUUGGAGCUUGGGUUUGACCCUGUUUGAACUCUAUGUGGGUCAUUUUCCAUUUCUUCAAGCGGGUCAGAGACCCGAUUGGGUUACCUUAAUGUGUGGAAUUUGCUUCGGCGACCCGCCGAGCCUCCCGGAGACCGCGUCGCCGGAGUUUCGUAGCUUUGUCGAAUGCUGCCUUAAGAAGGAGUCCGGUGAGAGGUGGACGGCGGCUCAGCUGUUGGCCCACCCGUUUGUUUGUAAAGACCCGGGAACUUGUUAAAAAUGGGCUGACCCGGAUUUUGUAGUCAGUCGGGUCGGGUAUCCAAGGAUGAGAUACCUUUAGUUCUUCUAUUUAGCAGUUUUUAGUUGCUGUAUAUUCCCCCACGGAUUCUACUUUUUGGAUUUAGAUGAAUUAUUCCCUCUGUAUAUUUUAUCCUCUACAGUGUUGAAGGGAUUAAGAAUAUAAUUCAGAUGAAAGCAAAUUUGCAA